AUGAUCGGUGGAAAACCAUUCGAUGUCGAAUCCCUUCUGCGUGAUUGUGUUGUAAAGAAAAAACGACCUAUUCAUGAUGCUAUUCCAACAUAUAAUCAAACACACUCACUACAACAGCAACAGGCAACUGAUUUAUCGAUUGGAAAAGAUAAAUGUCCAUCCGAUGAAAACGGUGAUUGUUCAAAUAGUUCAUCAACAAGUGGUAGUAGUAUCAGUGCGAUGCGACAUAGUAUUGAUGCUUAUCGUCAACAUUUAUUUAGUAAUGCGACCAAUGAAGUUGCGAAGUCAUUUUUAUUGAGUCUUCGAAAUUUAACAUCAUCAUCGUCGUCGGUACCAUCGUCCAUGGUAGGCAUCGGAGGGAAUAAUAGUACCAUUCAAAUUAAGAAAACCAAACGACGUUCACGUGCUGCAUUUUCGCAUGCACAAGUCAUCGAGUUAGAACGAAGAUUUGCACAACAAAAGUAUUUGUCAAGUACAGAACGAGCAGAAUUAGCUACCUUACUGAGCCUUCAAGAACAACAAGUGAAGAUUUGGUUUCAAAAUCGCCGUUAUAAAGCAAAACGAAAGCAACUUCUCAGUCAAGUCAGUGCAACACCCAAUACACGUCAUGUACCCGUAACUGUACUUGUCUAUGAAAAUCAUGGUUAUUCAGGCAAUUCAUCUUCAUCUUCAUCGUCAUCACGUUUAACUCACCCAAAACCACCAUUGAUGAUUCCAUCAAUCAAUCUUUGA